AUGUCCGCUCCAGCAGCUAACGAUGUCGUUUCUUUCAAGGACCGGGCAACGGCCGAUCAGGCCAAACCCCACAACGAUCUCCUUGUCAUCGAUCUGAUGAUCCAGGACAUCGACAUAGCGAGAGUGUUUGUCGACACCGGAUGCUCAGCCAAUAUUAUCUACAAAAGCACCCUCGAAAGUAUGGAGAUCGAUCUGUGCGCAGUUACGGAAGGACCCAGCCUGAUAUUCGGACUCUCGGGAGAUGCUACUAUGACUCUCGGCUCGAUCAACCUCGUUGUUAAAGCCGGGAGAGUCAUCAAAGUCACAAAAUUCUUACUUAUCGACCGCCCAACAUCGUACAACGCGAUCGUCGGUACUCCAUGGCUGAAUUCCAUGCGAGCGAUCCCUACGACAUUCCAUCUGUGCCUUAAGUUUCCAACCCCUCGUGGAGUCAAAACUAUACAAAGAGACCGCAGGAUGUCCCAAGUAUGUUUCGCCGCCGAGUUAAAAAGAAAGAACUUUGCGAUCAAAACUUCCCAUAAAAAUAAAAGAAAGCUGACUCUCGAUGAGAACGCCCCGGAACGAGACUCGGAAGUCUUCUGGCAAUCUCAAAGGGCCAAAGCCCUAGAAGGGAAACGCGAACCGACUUGCGAACCGGUAAUUUCGAUCUGCCUCGAUGAAUCCUCUCCGGAGCGAUGCAUCGAGAUUGGAGCCAACCUUCGCGAGCCACUAAAGACAGAGCUCAUCGCCUGUCUCAAAAAGAACCUCAAUGCGUUCGCUUGGGCCGCGGAAGAUAUGCCAGGGAUCGAUAUCGGCAUAACGUGUCAUGAUCUUAACAACGAUCCGACCUACAAACCCGUCAAACAAAAAAGGCGGAAGCUAGGACCGGAGCGUGCCACCGCGGUAAAUGAGGAAGUCAAAAGACUCCUGAAGAUCAUGAUGAAUCCCGACGAUCGUGAGAAAACUGCGUUCAUCACCGAUCGGGGAACAUAUUGCUACAAAGUAAUGGCUUUCGGUCUCAGGAAUGCAGGUGCCACUUACCAGCGACUUGUCAAUCGAAUUUUCUCCGAACAGCUCGGCAAGACUAUGGAGGUAUACAUCGAUGACAUGCUCGUAAAGUCUCUUGACGAGCACGACCACGUCUCCCAUUUGGAGGAGUGCUUUGCAAGACUUAACGCCCACAACAUGAAACUGAACCCUGCAAAGUGUAGAUUCGCGGUGGCAUCAGGAGAAUUUCUCGGGUACCUAGUCACGUGUCGUGGGAUCGAAGCCAAUCCUACGCAGAUAAACAUGUUAAUAGAGAUGGUCUCGCCAAAGACGAAACGGGAAGUCCAAAGGCUAACCGGAAGAGUCGCGUCCUUGAACCGUUUCAUCUCGCGCUCGACGGAUAGGAGUCUUCCUUUCUACGACACGCUAAAAGGGAAUAAGAAGUUCGAAUGGUCGGAGGAAUGUGAGAAAGCUUUCCAACAGCUAAAACGUUACCUGUUAGUCGCAAAUCAGUACAGCGGAGAAUACGAAGCGAGGGACGAAAGAAUGGAUGCAUAUCUAAAACUCAUCCAAGACCUCUCCCGAGACUUCAACCACUUCGCCCUCACUAGGAUUCCUCGCUCGGAAAACACUCAGGUGGAUGCCUUGGCCGCACUCGCAUCAAGUUCGGAUUCUGGACUAAGACGAGUAAUCCCCGUCGAGUUCAUCGAACACCCAAGUAUCGGACCACCAGUGUUCGCCAAUUUGAUUUGA